AACCAUGUUUGACCAUUACAUAUGCCAAACCCAAUAUCUUGUUUGAUAUUAUUAAUUUAUUACCCUAUUCUAAGGAGAGAGAAGAUAAUAUUAAUAUAGAGAAAAACAUACAUUAAUUUCCACAUCUCUCUCUCUUCAUAUAAGAAACACAAUUAGACCUAAUACUCUUUCUACUUCUUCUUCUUCUUGUUCUUCUUCUUGUUCUAUCAUGUCCAACGAAACCAGAGAUUUCUCAUACGAUGAUCCAUUCAUCAAUUCAACAACAAAUCACUCAUCAUUUACACUAAACUACGAUCUUGAUCCUCAACAAUUCCUCACCAGCUUCACCAACAAAUAUAUUAAUUAUAAUAAUGAUACUCUUUCACAAGGGUAUAAUAUUUCACCAUUGCUGAAAACUCUAGUUCAAGAUUCACCGGAAACUCCUUAUAAUUUCACUGCAAACUCUUCCAUUUGUAAUUCUCCUUCCACUGAUCAGUCAGGCGGCGAUGAAGAUGAAGAUAAGGGCAAGAAUAUCGAUCAUCAUGAUGAUGAUGAUGGGGAAGAUGAUAAGAGAUCAAAUAAAUUAUUAGAAGAGAAAGGUGGGAAAAAGAAGGCAGAGAAGAAGGAAAGACAAGCUAGGUUUGCUUUCAUGACUAAGAGUCAGAUUGACCAUCUAGAAGAUGGUUACAGAUGGCGAAAAUAUGGACAGAAAGCUGUCAAAAAUACUACUUUUCCAAGAAGUUAUUAUCGAUGCACCGCACAAAAAUGUACGGUAAAAAAACACGUGGAGAGAUCAUUCCAAGAUCCUACCGUAGUAAUUACAACAUACGAGGGUAGACACAACCACCCAAUACCAUCAACCCUAAGAGGAAAUGGCGGCGGAUUAAUGCUACAACCACCACCACCUGGCCUUAUGUUGCAGUCUCCGGCGACCGGCGGCCGACUACCGGAGUUAAUUAACAAUGAUCUUCUAAUGGGUCAACUGUUUUACGGUACCAAUAAUGGAAUGAGUUCAUCAUCACAAGAUCAAGUUUCAUCCUUUCAUCAUAAUCAUCUUCCUGAUUAUGACAAUAUUUCUCAAGACAUGGUUUCCAACAUGUUUCUAAGGCAGCAUCAUCCAUGAUUAUAUAUAUUGUUUUUAAAUAUCAAAUUAUAUAUAUAAAUGAGAACUCAAUUAAAGGUAACAAACUUUUUUUUUGAUGGGGGAUAGAAACGGAUAUAAUCCAAUACUUGGACUGGUAAGAUGGAUAUAUAUAAUAUGGUUUAUUAUUGUUAAUUUUGGAACAUGAUUAUUUAGAUAA